AUGCUGCUCAUGCCUCCUCCCAUCCCGCUGCUCCUCCCUCCCCCCAUCCUGCUGCUCCUCCCUCCUCCCAUCCUGCUACUCCCCCCUCCACCCAUCCUGCUGCUCAUGCCUCCUCCCAUCCUGCUGCUCAUGCCUCCUCCCAUCCUGCUGCUCCUCCCUCCACCCAUCCUGCUGCUCCCCUCCACCCAUCCUCCCUCCACCCAUCCUGCUGCUCCCCCUCCACCCAUCCUGCUGCUCAUGCCUCCUCCCAUCCUGCUGCUCAUGCCUCCUCCGAUCCUGCUGCUCCCCCCUCCACCCAUCCUAUGGUCCAUCCCCCACCCAUCCUGCUGCUCCCCCUCCACCCAUCCUGCUGCCCAUCCCUCCACCCAUCCUAUGGUCCAUCCCCCCACCCAUCCUGCUGCUCCCCCUCCACCCAUCCUGCUGCCCAUCCCUCCACCCAUCCUAUGGUCCAUCCCUCCACCCAUCCUGCUGCUCCUCCCUCCACCCAUCCUGCUGCUCCUCCGACCACCCAUCCUAUGGUCCAUCCCCCCACCCAUCCUGCUGCCCAUUCCUCCACCCAUCAUUUUGCUCAUACGGCCACCCAUCAUGCCACUUCCCCGAUGGUGA